AUGAGCGAUAUAAUUCAGUUGGGAAGAUCAGUUCGAUGGGAGGAUCUAGAUAAACUCACAACACUCGACACAAGAAGGCAUUCACUCUAUCAUGGGGUUUGUGGUCUUGGCCUAUCAAUCACGGGAGGAAACCUUUUAACCCUAAAGAGAUACUCAAUCGGAAGUCUCACGCUUACCUGUGGCUUGAUUCUUAUUCUGCUCGCUUUCUUUAAUUUCAACUUUGCUGGCAUACGCGUCGUCCUUAUCAGUACUUUCAUUGUGGUCAUCUGUGCCCUUGCAGAUAAAGUAAUAUCGAAAAUUGAUGAGUCUGAAACUGAGCGAAGAUUUCACAACUUUGAAUACGAAGAAGAUAAAUACAACGGGACACCAUCUGAGAGUCGGGAGAUUUGGAAUCUCAUCGUUUCGGGCGUACUUUUGCUGACCGAGAUUAUUCUAUCCUUGGCGACUUACGCAACAAUAAUUGACUUCGGUGAUGACGUGCAGAGAGAGGAGUUAGUAGAGCAGGGAUUUACGAAGGUGACAGGAAUUAUAGGAGAAAAAAGACACUUGCCAAAAGCAACUUCUCAUAACUACACGAUCAUUCCCCAGUCUGCUCUUGGAUACAUCACUGAUAACUACGAUCUGAUAGAACAAAUAGAGCUCGAGCAAGCUCAGCAGAUGGAGCUCGAUGACGAAAUUAUUAUGUGCAUGGCACAGGAAGCCGACCCGGAUGACUGA